UCCCCGCCGCCACCACCCGCGCCUCCGGUUCUUCUCUUCGAUCCUCUCUUCGCCGCGCGCUCCUUCUGGAUCCCGCGCCAGCCGCCUCGUUCCGGGAUGGCGGUGGCGCUGCGGUUCCCGGGGGUCGCGCGGGAGUCUCCGGCCGCGCUCGCCCUCCGCGCCGCCACCGCCUCCUCCAAGCUCGGGAGGGAGCAGUAUUUCGUCUGCGGAGCUGCUAGGCCGGGAGGGCAAUGCUGCCGGAGGAGGGGACUGGUGGUCCGGUGCCAGACGGGGGCGGCUAUCCUGAAGAAGGACGCCGCGGCCGCGGCCGCGGAGAAGGCCGAGACGGGGUUUACCGUCGUCAUGAAGUUCGGCGGCUCGUCGGUGUCGUCGGCCGAGAGGAUGAGGGAAGUGGCCGACCUUAUCCUCAGCUUCCCCGAGGAGACGCCCGUGAUCGUUCUCUCCGCCAUGGGGAAGACAACCAACAACCUCCUGCUGGCCGGAGAGAAGGCCGUGAGCUGCGGCGCCCAGAAAGCAUCAGGAAUCCCCGAGCUCUCUGUUAUCAAGGAGCUGCAUCUUAGGACGAUUGAUGAGCUUGGAUUAGAUAGGUCUGUUGUUUUAGGUUUGUUGGAUGAAUUGGAACAACUUCUUAAAGGCAUUGCUAUGAUGAAAGAGCUGACUCUUAGGACACGAGACUACCUUGUUUCCUUUGGUGAAUGCAUGUCUACAAGAAUAUUUGCUGCAUACAUUAAUAAACUUGGGAAAAAGGCACGGCAGUAUGAUGCAUUUGAUAUUGGCUUUAUAACUACUGAUGAUUUCACAAAUGCGGAUAUUCUUGAAGCCACUUAUCCUGCUGUUGCAAAGAGGCUACAGGGAGACUGGAUUGAUGACCCUGCUAUUCCUAUAGUAACUGGUUUUCUUGGGAAGGGAUGGAAAUCAUGUGCUGUCACCACUUUAGGUAGGGGUGGUAGUGACUUAACAGCUACGGCCAUUGGCAAAGCCUUGGGUUUAAGAGAAAUCCAGGUCUGGAAGGAUGUAGAUGGUGUGUUGACGUGUGAUCCUAAUAUUUAUGCAAACGCGAUACCUGUACCCUACUUGACUUUUGACGAGGCAGCUGAACUUGCCUACUUUGGUGCACAAGUUUUGCAUCCCCAAUCAAUGCGACCAGCUAGGGAAGGUGAUAUACCAGUUAGAGUUAAGAACUCGUACAACCGACAUGCACCUGGUACUGUCAUCACUCAAUCAAGAGAUAUGAGAAAGAGUAUAUUGACCAGCAUUGUGUUGAAAUCAAAUGUUACAAUGCUGGAUAUAGUGAGCACACGUAUGCUUGGCCAGUAUGGUUUUCUAGCAAAGGUCUUCUCAAUAUUUGAAGAUUUGAGCAUAUCUGUUGAUUGUGUGGCAACUAGUGAAGUUAGCAUAUCAUUGACACUAGAUCCGUCAAAAGUAUGGAGUCGUGAAUUGAUCCAGCAGGAGCUUGAUCAUGUUGUUGAAGAGCUUGAAAAAAUUGCAGUUGUUCAUCUGCUGCAGCGCAGAUCAAUCAUCUCCUUAAUUGGGAAUGUACAGAGGUCGUCAUUGAUUCUUGAAAAGGCGUUCAAUGUCCUACGAAGAAAUGGUGUUAACGUCCAGAUGAUCUCACAAGGGGCGUCCAAGGUGAACAUUUCAUUGGUAGUCAAUGAUAGUGAGGCAAAACAGUGUGUACAAGCCCUCCAUUCAGCAUUUUUUGAGAACGGCUUCUUGUCAGAAGUAGAGGGAGCAGAUGUUCCACAGAACGGCUCUUCUCUGAAUUCGAAAUGGAAUUAGUCGACUCUGCAAUUGGUGUACCAUUGAUAGGUAAAAAGGUGAUUCAUAGCUAUUUAUUUAGGUAAUGUGAGCUAAUUCCUUGAUGUUAUUAAUUUGUAAGAGCCUACCCAGGGGUACGGCUUAGUGUUACAGUUUGCAUGGUAUGCCAUUGUUUACCAUGCUAUUGGGUGCCACCAAGUAACAAGUUACCGGUGUCCAGGUGAUAUGCUACUUGUUGAAAGCAUUCCCGAGCUUAUGUAUCAGAAAUCUGUAUCGUGUGCCAGAGAAAAUAAGAGAAGUAUAUUGCACCCUCUGGGUGGUGA